UUAAACCUAGCUGCCCCUGCUAAGGAUGAAGCUGGAGACAGGCCCGGCCAUAGUCCUAGUUCUGGCUGUGGCAUCCUGGACACAGGAGUUUUUCCCUAAGGAGGCCCAGACUCUCAACUGGGGCAAGUUUUCAGGCUUCUGGUACAUUAUUGCCAUCGCCACAGACACCCAGGGGUUCUUGCCGGCUAGAGACAAGAGGAAGCUGGGGGCGGCUGUGGUGAAGAUGCACAAAGCAGGCCAGCUCAAGGUGGUCAUCGCCUUCAGCCGGCCUCAGGGAUGCCGGUCCAUGGAGGUGACCCUGAAGAAGGACAGAAAGAAACCUGUGUUCAGGAAUACCUUGAAGGGGAUAAAGGGUUUCCAUGUGCUGUCCACUGACUACACAUAUGGCCUGGUCUACCUCCGCUUGGGGCGUGGAGUCAACAACUACAAGAGUCUACUGCUCUUCAACAGACAGAACAUCUCUAGCUUCCUGAGUCUGCGAGAAUUCCUGGACAAGUGUCACACUCUGCAGCUCGCCAAGCAGGCCACCAUCCUUCCGAAAGACGAUUCCUGUGCACACACCAUCCUGCCGUGACAGCCAGCCACCCUCUGCUCAUCCCUUUGGCUUGAGAGCCUUCCUGACCCUGGGAAU